AUGUCUGUCCUAACCCGCCUAGCCAGUCUCCUGGGCCUGUCAUCCCCAGCCCCAGCUGCACCCCCAGGCGCUGCCCUCGCAGCAACCGUCACAGUACCUGCAUCUUUAGGAUUCGUCCCGGUCGCGAUUCACUUUGGUCUCUUCAAUAUCCUUGUGAGUCAUGGCGGACCUGCGACUGCCGAUGAAGUCUCGGCGACCUGCAAUGCACGUAUCAAAGCCCGAGGGGGGAAUGAGCCUGAACUGAGUACCAGAUUAGCCUCGGACACACUCUACAUCAUGGCUGGACUCGGCCUAGUCGAACGCGUGGCCGAGGACUGCUUCACAGCAAACGCCAUUACGAACCACAUGGUUUCCAUGCCGUCUGCCCAGCAUGGCGCACUGCACUUGACACCCGCUUUGCAUACCCCUUUGCCCUUGCAAUACGCCUAUCGGCUAAUGGGUCAGACCGAGCUGGCGAAGCAGCAUACGUACUCGAUUAUGGAGACCCAGGGUCGCAUGGAUAGUUUCAAUCGUUUCAUGGUCGGCAAGUUCCUAAAGUUCGGAACAUUUCCCGAGCGCAUCAAGUCGAUGGGUUAUGAUUUAGAUGGCGCGUUGGCGGGUGACACUACCACGGGUGCGCGCACCGGCUCCGCUACCAUGGUCGACAUUGGCGGCGGUCGUGGUGAACUCCUCCUCGAGGUCCAGGCUGUAUACCCGCAUCUCGGCCCGGAAGAUCUAAUCGUGCAGGAAUUCAAUGCUGAUAUCGAUAGCGUGCCUGGUGUGCGGCUUAUGGAGUGGAAUUACAAGGAGGCGGCUGAGCAGCCUGUCCGCGGUGCCUGUGUUUACGCGCUACAGCAUAUCCUGCAUAACUUGCCUGACUUGGAUACUGUAGCGUUGUUGCAGAAGAUUUCGCGUGCUAUGGCACCUGGUUCGCGCGUGUUGAUUAUAGAAUAUGCCAAGAAUCUGACUUAUACUUCGCUCCAUGCGAGUAUGAUUGCGUUGUUUGGGGGCUGA